UAUUUACAUGUCCGAAUCAGUUGUCCAAUGUUCAAAAUUCUCAACCACCCUAAUAAUGAUGUUGUAGAUGUAGUCUUACCUCAAGAUUUGCCUUGGGAUAGUACCUUGAACCGAAGUCCAUUAGUUGUUCAAUUAAGCCAUUUCGAUUGUGGUGGAAUAGCAGUCAGUGCAUGUCUGUCACACAAGAUUGUUGAUGGAUAUAAUUUCUCAAGAUUCCUUAAUGAUUGGGCUGAUAUAGCUCGACAGGUGGAUUUCAAACCAUCUCCUCAGUUUAAUGCAUCUUCUUUCUUGCCACAAAUAGAUGAUGCUCCAGCUAUACCUAAUGGUGUGCCUGAACCACAACUACAUGUGUCAAGAAUGUACAAUUUCUCAUCCUCUAGUUUGCGAAGAUUAAAGGAUGUCAUUGCUACAAAUUCAGGAGUGCAGAAUCCAACUCGCAUUGAAGCUACCACUGCACUUCUCAAUAAAUGUGGAGUGGCUGUGUCAAUGGAGAAAUCGGGCGUGUUUAAACCAACUCUAUUGAUCCAUGUAAUGAAUAUACACCCACCAAUUCCACUCAACACAAUGGGAAAUGCUUUUU